AUGUCCGAGUCUGUCUUCGGCGCCCUGGCCUUCCCGUACCACGAGCCCCGUGAUGGCUUCUGGGGCGAGAAGACCGUGACACUGAACUUCUGUGAGGAGGAUUAUGUCAUGAGCUACUACUGUGCCGAGGUCUGCAAUACCGUCACAAACCUCCUGUUCAUCUGGCUAGGCCUCAAAGGGAUCCGGGACUGCCUAAAGUACUCCCAUCCGACCAUCUUCACCAUUGCUUUCAUCGGCUACAUGGUGGUCGGGGUUGGCUCCACGUUUUUCCACGCCACGCUCAAGUAUCCAAUGCAGCUUGUCGACGAGCUCUCUAUGAUAUACACGACCUGUCUCAUGUGCUAUGCCACGUUUUCCUACGGCAGGUCCACGCCCUUCUCGGCAGCCCUCGGUGUUGGCCUCUCGGGCCUCGCCUGGUUCAUCACCGCCAGAUACUACCAGACAAAAGACCCCCAGUUUCACCAGGAUGCAUACGCGAUACUGACAGCUAUCGUCGUCUUCUCCAACAUGUGGAUCAUGGAGAAUUCCGUCAAGCCUGCCUUGAAGCAGCGCCAGGCGAAGCGCGCCCCGGGGUCCCCGGUGCCCCCCGCGAACUCGAUCGUGAAGCAGAUGUGGCUUAUGGUUGCGACAGGCUUGACCGUUUUCCUGGGUGGAUAUUUCAUUUGGAACUUGGAUAACAUCUACUGCAGUACCAUCCGCCGAUGGAGACAUCAGAUGGGACUGCCGUGGGCUGUAGUCCUGGAGGGACACGCCUGGUGGCAUCUGAUGACCGGUAUAGGUGGUGAGUCGAGCUUGUUUCCCCUCGGUGCAGCGGCUCCAGAUCCUGACCGCAUAACCCUAGCGUAUUAUUAUAUCACGUGGCGUAUCUGGAUACAUCGUUGCUUGGACGGCGACGAGGACAAGUUUAGAAUCGACUGGUCUUCCAUCUUGAGGCUGCCGGAUAUCGUUGCUGUCGAAGACGCACCCGUCGUUGCGAACGGCAAAAAGCAUAUCUAG